AUGGCAAACCAGGUCACAUACACAGAUGUAAAGUUUUUACCCAGAGAAAGAUCAAGUAUUGCUCCUCCGACUUCGAAUCCAGGGAUCACAUAUGCUGAACUGCGUGUGCAUCAUAAAUCUGAGAGGACCAGCAGAUCAGAGACUUCCCCUUCUGGCUCUAGAUCCCAGUAUUCAAGCUGGUUCUAUGUUGCUCUAGUCCUGGGGCUUAUCUCACUGGUUUUCCUGGCUGUUCUAAUCACUUUUUUCUGGAGGGGAAAUUGUAAGAGUCCAUCCAUGCUCAGGACAACCUGCACUGAAAACACUACAUCUUCAGAGGAAUCUCCAUGCACAGGGAUGGCAAUCAGUAGAUUAAUGGACAAUCUGUGUGAAGAUAGAGAGGGAAGAACCGAGUGUCUGCUCUGCCCCACAGGGUGGAUGCUGCACAGGAGGAGAUGUUACUACUUCUCAGAGCAGUCGGGGAUCUGGGAUGCCAGUAUGCGAAAUUGUUCAGGCAGGAAAUCCCAGCUGCUUGUUGUUGAAGAUGAGGCUGAGAUGGCAUUUAUAGCAACCAGAACAGAAAAGAAAUAUUUCUGGAUUGGAUUAAACUUUCAAGAGAAAGAGGGAAGAUGGAUGUGGCUUGGUGACUCCCAGUUAGAAGGGCACAGGCUGAGCUUGGUGAUGGUAAAUGGAACUGGAGAUGGCAAGAAUUGUUCUGCUUUCAACAAGGAGAAGUUACACCCUGAGAAAUGCCCGAAUUUGCACAGAUGGAUCUGCAAGAAAAAUGCAACCACACUGGCUCCCUGGAACACCCCAGAACAUGAGACACUGUCCCUUGUAGGAUGA